UGAAUAUGCGUAAUUGGGGUGGCAAAAUGAAAACCUACCCACGGAGUUUGAGAUCGAUAUCGCCGCCCCCAUCGCAGUGACCGAUUACCUGCCCGAUCACCAUGGCCGCCACCGCCGCCGCCGCCGCCGCCACCACCGACGGUGAAGGUUCCCAGAUUCUCUCCCAGAUCUCCAUCUCUGGCCCUGCCCUGGCCUCCAUCAUCCAACGCUUCGCUUCCGCCCCCGCCGACAUCGACGGCCUCCUCUUUGGCCACGUUACUCGCCUCCCCCCUCCUGACCCGCUUGACGACUAUGAUAUCGGCUCUUCUGCUUCUCCCGAGGACUCCGACGGCACCUCAAACUGUCCCCUAGCUGCCACCGUCACCGGGCAUCUCUUCCUCCCCUCUCCGUUCUCCUUCUACGAUGCCCUCGGCCGCAUCCAUCUUUCCUCCAUUCAAAGCGUCCUUGCGUCUUCCGUCCAUCCUGAUGCAUCCUGCCUCGGAUGGUUCUCUGGCCGCCGCCAAUCCCCACUGCGCCUCUCCAUGAGGGAGCGCGCCGUUUCCUUCUCUAUGUUUAAAACCCUAUCUUCUAUUGAUGUUGCCCAAGGCGUGCCGCCGACCGGAUCCUCUCUGGGAUGCCGCGAUGUCCUACAUCGGCCUUCCAUCUUCCUCCUUUUGUCCUCCUCCGCCUCUGGGAAUCAAGCGGUUCACACCCACGAGUACAGGGCCUUCGUGUUCCGUCCUAGUGCUGGCAAGGGUGUACUCGAGCCGACAUCUAUGAAGAUCGUGAAUCUAGGGCCGUUGUUUAGGGCGCAGUACAAUUCUUUCUCCGCACAGUCUGGGUUGCCAUGGAUGCCUUGCCAUCCAAGGGGAUCCAACGAAGCGAACAAGCUGGAAGGGGAGAGCUUGAACCAACUCCGGCAGUUAGCAAGAGAGCAGCAGCAGCUAGAUGAUUCUACAGGAGGGUUUGAAGUGGAUAGAUUGGGGAGGCUGGUAGGGUCUGUGGCCACAGAGUACACCUCAGAAUUGGAAGAUUUGUAUGAAAAGAUGAUGCUUAAGCUAGAAAGUUUGGCUAAAGUCGUGGAUGAGAGUUCAGCUAAGAUUCUUGAGCAGGAAAAUCGGGUUUCUGAGUUGAAAAGAAAAGGCAGAAUGGAAGGGUUAGACUUUGAAUCUCGAAAUGUUUCCAUAUGAUCCCACCAAGUCCACAAGUUGGAGAUUUUCGAACAAGACUGGAUUCAAGCGUACUGGAUGCAUGGCUUGUUUUGCUUGAAAAGUUUCGACACUGCGAGGCUAUUUUCGCCUAGUAAAUUUUGGUCCAUCGACGUGGAUAAGAAAGGGGGGAAAAAAGAGUGGGAACUGGACAUCUGAAGACUAGAGAAAUUGUAUUUGUUGCCAGUAACAUUUAGUUUCUUUUGUGUGUCGUCCUGUCCGGUGAUGCUAUGCUCGUCUUUUUUUCCUCUGCCUAAAAGAUGAUUUUGUUAUUGCCUGGCGUCUUAAGGUUUUCAAACUCCAAGAUGUAAUUUGUGCUAGGGGAGAUUUGAACCAUUAUUAUCCAAGGAGUCCGUCCCUUACCGUCGCACCAUAGUCCCAUGGUUUCUUAACUCUUUGAAGCAAGAUGUUUAUGCUUAUUUCA